AUCGCCUUAUAUUAUACUAAUUUGUCUAUGAAUAUUAUAUAAUUAGCUUGAUAAAUAAAUUAAUAAUUAAUAAUAAAAAGCAUCAUCCUAAAAACUCAUUUCUAAAAUAUCCAAUCCCCUCUAUAUAACGCAUGCCCACAAACUAACUCAAGCCUGCACCAAUUAGCCAUCCCCCCUCUCAUCAGUUCUUACAAACUUAUUCUAUUCCCGUUGACAUGUUUGCUCGAAACAAAACUUCUCUUUCACACAUCGUAUGGAUCUUAUUAAUCCACAUUUUCGUUUCUGCUGUUGCCGGGCCACGGAGACGCCCAAAACCUGAUUCUAAUAUCUUCACGACACUAAUCAAUGUCCAUUCGAAAAAAUCUCCAUACUACAACCCCACAAUGACCAUCAAACAAAUCGCCGACUAUGACUUCAAUACCUCGAUAUCCCGUGGGCUCCAUUUAACCUCCAACAUCAGCAUUGGGUCCCGCCUCAAUACCGAGAUCCCGCUGACCGCCGACUGGACUGGGUUCCUUGUCCCUUUCUGGGUCGGGUCGGAAAAGGUCAAACAGCAUUUGUUUUUGGACAGCGGGAGCGGCCUGUUGUGGAUCAACUGCCAGCCGUGUGGGAAACACGCGCUGGAGCCCAUAUACGACCCCCAAAAAUCCACCACCUACCGGGUCGAGAAUUGCGAUUUAGGUCAUAUCUGCUGGUCAUCGGGCCCCACCAAGAUAAAUUGUCAAGACCGUGAUUACAAAGUCAAGGGAUGCAAGUUCUCGGUGAGGUAUGGAACCACCUUUUGCGAGGGGAAUCUCGGUCGGGAAACGUUCAGAUUUGGCAAGCACCAGGACGAGGUGGUCCCAAACCUCGCCUUUGGGUGCGCUCACAACACCGGCGACAAGAACUACAACGGGAUCUUCGGGUUGGGCAAUAUCCCUAUCUCCUUCCUUUCACAGUACAAAGCCUCCAAGUUCUCGUACUGCUUCGGGGACUUGAGCGAUCCGGAAUACCCCUACAACAUGCUUGCUAUCGGAAAAGAUGUCAGGAUGUGGGGUGCACGAACCCCACUGACGGUCGAGGACAAGUACUACGUGAACCUCGUGGAUAUUGGCAUCGGGGACAUAUGGCUGAAGACCAGCCGCCAUCUCUUUAGGAGGGAUACCAGGAAACAUGAGGGCGGGAUGUUGGUGGACUCCGGUUCGACUCUCACCUUCCUCCCACAGAUAGUGCUGACCGAGUUCGAGAAGAUAACGAGGAGUGCGAUCAAGAAGCUAAAUCUCCCCUUGUCCCCUUUCUCCAUAACAUUUCGAGGAUACUCAAUGCAGUGCUAUAUAGGGGAGGCCAUUUAUCUCAAACCGUUCCCGAAAGUGAAGUUGCAUUUCCAGAACCGAGCAUACAUGGAGUUGACACCGGAUAAUGUGUUCGUUGAGGCCGAUGAUAAUCUUUUCUGCCUCGCGAUCCUUCCGUCAUCUUUACUCGGGAGAAAUACAGCCAUACUCGGAAAUGUGAUGCAGCAGAAUUUCAACAUUGCUUUUGACCUGAAGGGAGAGGAACUAGCAUUCAAGAGGAUGUCAUGUAAAAGCGUGGAGGAUUAUUAUGGUCACGAUGAGUUGUGAAUGAAUGGUCUUGUUUAAAUAAAAUAAAGUCAUAUGCUAUGCUAUCGAAUAAAAACGUCACCUUGCAAGGGACUCUCUUCAUAAAUGGAAAAGACUUGGUAAUUGAUUUACAGUAAGUUUAAACAAUACAAUUAGCACGAAAAUCUGGAGUCAUUGAGAAUAUAAAACCUUCGUUGAUUAAUUUAGGAUAAUGGCCAUCGUUAUCGGGAACGAAGACACGUAAGCACAUAGCAUUGUUAUGUGCUUUGUUAGAAAAUGGAAGAGCAGGAAACUAAAAAUUUUAUUUCUUGAAUUAUUCUCAACUCUUAAAUGACUCCCAUGCCUUUAAACUCCCAUGCAAUUGUCCUACGUUUCACCUCAAUGUUUAAAUUUAUACCUCAAAACUUAUUAAUAUUAUUUAUUAAUAUCUGAAACUAAACUGUCUA